AUGGCGUCGAGAUACAAGGACGUUUGUGAAAGUGAAGAAUUCUUGUCCAGUAUCGAUGCAGAUCAGCUUUUGAACCUUGUUCUUCGAGAUGACUUGAUUUCUCCUUCAGAGACAUUUGUUUUCAAAUCUGUGAUGCAGUGGAUUAAGUACAAAAAAGAAGAGAGAAUGUCGGCUGCCGCCAAAGUUAUUGGGGCUGUUCGUCUCGGGCUGGUGGACAUCAAGGAUUUAAUCAGAGAACUCAAUACAGAGGAUAUGAAACAAGUGCCAGAGAUCCAAAAGCUUCUUCUCGAAUCACUCGUAUAUAACCAAAUUCCGUCAAGCUCUACUUUUGGUGGAAAGAAAAUCAUGCCACGCUCAAACGGCCUGGUAAGAGACCCAAAAAUAUUAAAAGUUUUUUUUUUUUUUUUCAGUUCUUCUGUCUAAUAUAUUCUUCCUAAUCAAUGACAAAAUAUUUACCCGAGUGAGCUUCUUGCCCGUGUUUUAGCUUACCCCUUGUUUGCGAAACUAGUGGGUUUUAAUUGUGAGAGGCUUGGAACAUAAAAGUUCAUGACUGGUAACAGAAAUAGAAGUCCAUCACACAUGAGCAGCAGUAAUUCUUUCGUUUUCAUCCAUCCAUAGGUGAUAUUUUUGCUAGCGUGAUCGAAGGUGCCAACAAAGGCUUAUUGGCCCUUGGGACAAGGGCUCUGGUUGUAUUUAAAUACUAACAAAAACAAUGUUUUGUAAAAAGACACUGAAACUUUUAAAUUCCAUUGUUCAUCCUUUUUUAUGAAAGAUAAAUGAGAAUAUAUAAUCUUUUAUUCUUACUGAGAAAAGUGGCCGAAUAGCGGUUAAUUUGAAUAGUAGAAAAAAUAAUUAUAAAUUAUUGAAUAAUACGUGGCAAAUCAUGACGAGCUCAUUUUGUGAGCUCAAUAAUAAAAGCAAAUUACAGAAACAGUAUCUUGAAGCCGCCGACGAUGAUUCACGGCAUUCUUUUAUCCCUUUAAGAAAGAAAAGCAAAGAUGUAACUAUGCCUUUGUUGAAGCUUACGCCUAUAACUAGAUAAUAAAACAAGCCUAUAAAGCCUUCCCCUCCCCUCAGAAAAAGGGCUGUACACAGGCUAGAAUAAACGAAGUCAAGCCACCUUAAACGGUGGAGACUUACGCUUAACUGUAAUAACGAUAGUAAUAUACUGUCGAAGCCCUCCUUGAGACAACUCUCGUAUUAAAAGCGACCAGCUCUAGUUACGACUACCUUGUGAAACCCCGUUUAAACUGCAACUUAAACGUUGUUAUGAAAAGCUUUAGUAAGCGACAACUUUUGGGAUUCCCCAACCGCACUUUUCUUUUGUUCUUUCAACCAGUCUUUUCUUAACGAAUUAUUAUUGAGUUUUUGAAGCUCUCGUAAGCGACCACCCUUUUAUUGUUUUGCCUUGCGGUCGCUAACGAGAGCUCAUUUUCGUAUUAGCAACCAGUUAUAGUUACGACCACCUUUGUUGAAUUUCCGAGGUGGUCGAUCGCUUACGAGAGCUUCGACUUUUCUUCAAAAAUUGCCAGUUUUGUGUUGAAGCCUAUAAUUUAAACCAACGAUAUGUUUUGGACAAAGAAAAAUGUGCCGGACGAUUAUGGAUUAAAUACUCGAACCAUGUCUCUUUUAAUACGAAAUUUUAUUUCCGAAAGUAUACUUGUGGUUCAAAAAUUAUUGCUACUUCAGUUUCUGGAAUAAGAAGAAAUGGGUGACCGUUUACUUAUGUAGCAUGCAGUAUUAUGAUCAAUUGCAAGCAAAAAGUAGGGAAUGUGAAGGUGUUGUCGUCGACCCGUAGCAUUUCAAUGCCUCAUUUACACUAUGGCUACAAUCUAAGGCAAAAGUAAUUGGGAAGAGUGUACAAAUUAACAGUGGUCCAUUAUAUUCUCCAUAACAGAGAGUUUUCUCUUUUGCUAAAUAUCCCCCUACCCCUUCUAUUCAAUUUUGGAAAAUAACAGAACAAUUAAAAAAAACAUUCCCAAUUUGCUCAACAUUGGGCCAGGGGCAGGGUAGGACGGGGAAAAAAAGUAAAAAGUAGCAGCCUUUCUAUCGUUUAAAGGUUACUUUUUUGUCACAUAAGCUAUCCUGGCUAAUUUUUAUUUAUUUAUUUAUUUAUUUCAUGUUAGGUUCUUGUUGCUGUCACUUCUAAGAUUCAAAUGAAGUACUUUGAUGUUAAAGCUAAAGUAUGGAAACCGUUGAUAACCUUGCCAGUAGCACCUGAAAUUAAUACAAAGUACCCUUACGCAGUGACGUUUGGCUGUAAAGUGUAUGUUGGUGAUGGGAGCUGGGUUCAAUGCUUUGACGUGGAAAGAAAUGUAUGGGAAUUUAAGCUUGUUUCUAGUGAAGUGAUCAGCAACCUUUGUAGUAUCGGAGAUUACAUGUAUUCAAUCCUGUCCAGUGUCAGCCAGAUUCCUGAAAGAUAUAACAUAGCUGAAUGUCGAUGGCAAAGAUUUACAAAAGUAAAUAUUAAAGAAGAUUCUUCCAAUUCUUUCUAUAACAGUGGAGGAACAGUAAUGCACUCAAACCUUUAUGUACUUUAUGGGCAUAAAAUGAAAGUCCAGUCCUCCUGGCAGAUUCAGAAUGCAGUGCUACAUUGUUUUGAUCCACUGAAGAAUAGGUGGGAGAAAAAAGCGCCAACCUGUCAACCUCACUUUGGAUCCACUCUUUUUGUAGUAUCAGGCAAAUUGUACGUUGCAGGGGGUUGUGUUUCUGUUUUAGAAAGUGGCACACCAGUUGGUAAACCGGCACCUGUAGAAGUGUAUGACAAAGAAAAUAACACGUGGUCCGUUAUUAAUCAAAGCCGAAUUCCUCCAAACAAGCUUGGUGCCGUGGAAAUAGAGGGAAGAGUUUAUUUCAUCAUCAACAAAUUUCCAAUUGAUAGUGGCAUUAGGAUCCCACCAGGAGAGUUAUACCCUGUUCAUUUAGAUGAAUGGCAAAAUUUACGGAAGGUUAACGAAAAGGCAGCCCCUUGCUAUAUGCCACUAAAGAGUGAGUCUUUAAACGUGGACUAA